AUGCCGGUCGAACGCUCACCAACGCGAGGCCGCUCACCUGUGAUCCAGACUCGUAGUCAGGGUCCUGCGGAGGACGUCGAAGUCCCUCCCGCAACACGCCCAAGGCGUUCAGGGACCACUUCCGUCGAACCGGAAGCCCCUAACUUGGCCACGAUGGCCUCUGAAGUGGCAGCGUUAAAAGAAGACAUUGCCCGCUCGACUGCUGCAACGCAGUUGGCAACUCAAAACCUUACGGAACAGCUUCAUAGGCUUUCCGAACGUCAGACAGCGGCGGAUGAGCGCCUCGCACGAGCCUUAGAAGCCCUAGCGCAUCGCCCGCUGCCUGAACAACCUCCCAUAGCACGAGCUACAAGAGAACGGUCCGCAACCCCGUGGGAAACGGCGGACACACCAAGGGAGCGUACCGAACCAAGUUUUUCAGGUGCGGUGCCUCCAAUCCAAGUGCCAGCGGCCCCGUGGGCCAGCGACACCAAGGUCGAUUCCUUGAAAGCAAAGGACGUACCCGAGUUUACGGGCAGAAGAAACCAAGACGUUGAAGAAUGGCUUAACAAAGUCCAACUUCUUCAAAACGUUAGCGCAACGUCGGAUGCCAGGAUGGUACAGCUCCUACCAGCCAUGAUAGCCGAGAAAACCCCUGCUGACGCUUGGUUUUACACUCUGGAAGCCCAGGAAACUCGCUCAUGGACCUGGAAAAGGUGGAAAGAGGAACUGCUUCGAGAGUUCCGAGAUCCCCUAACCGAGUCCAAGCGCAAAACCGAAUAUGUGCGCUGCCAUGCGAACCCCAAAGAAUUUCGCAGCUUUCUCGCGUUCAUCGACCACAAAACUCAUCUCCGGCGCCUCGCUUAUGGCGACCGGGCAAACAUAGAAUGUCCCGCUGACCAGCAUUUCGACCUAAUAGUCGAACAAUUGCCCAGCGACAUCCAAAUCAUGGUCAAAUCCUGUAACGUCACGAACCUGACCAAAUUAAAAGACUUCCUGCGCCUUUAUUUCGGCUCUGAUGACACCAGAAAACGAGACCCUUGCUACAGCGGUGCUGCAGAAGCUCAGAAGAAGUCACAAAAGACCGGAACCGACAAAGGCCCUAAGCAGACGGCUCCGCAUAAAACCGGAAACCCCGAAAAGGGUCGCGAUGGUCCUCAGAAGAUGGUUCCGGACCCCAACAAGGAACCACCGGCACCCUGCAAAUUCUGUCAGAAAAAGCAUUGGAAUGUUUUCUGCUGGCAGAACCCGAACCGAAAAGAUCCUGAAGAUGGAAAGAAAGGACCAUAUGGAGCACCCAUGCCCUCAGGUUGGAAACCCAAACAGGAAUCGAAGAAGGCGUACAUAGUGGAGCUGGACUCGACGUCCGCUACCACCGAGACUCUUUUUUCGGCUUCGGAACUGGAAAGAACGGAAGCCGCUAAUCAAGGAUUCCACACCAUCGGGUUCUUUCAUUCACCCAAGCACUCGGAAUCAACAAUUUUGAUGACCGCACCUCUUUCCAAGGUCACGGUGACCAAGGAAGAGGACCCCCGCACGCCCACGCAGGGCUGGGACCGAGUCUGGGACAACAUAGCCAUCAUCUGGGGCACCCCGCAAGUGGCUCUGAUGAUGGGCAACAACCCCCGCGCGCUCAGCUUCUUCGCCAAAGAACCGAAGCGAGGCGCCGGGCACCUCGGGAACGACCCCUACGCAGUCGCGUGGAGUUCCCACCACCUCUACAUCGCUGCCGCAGCCGAAGCUGACAAGGAUCGAAUCCUGCGAAAGGUCCGAGAAGACGGUACCCCUCGUUUGAUUCUCCUUGCCUGGAUAAAGCUCGACGAGCGCGAGAAAUUCUUGAUGUGGAGCUCUGAAGAUCCUGUUAUCUUUGAUGCGUACGCCAACCUGCAACUGGUGGCAUUUCUCCUGACAGGCAAUAUCGUUCGCUCAGACUAUUAUUAUCGUCGCGGAAACCCCAAAUUUCGGCACGUUAAAGACCAUCCACGUCUCCAAAGACACGAAGAGAGCGAACGGACGCGUAUAGUCAUGCUGGCUAUCGAACAAGUUGCUCGCCAGAAUAAAACAACAAAACCACAAAACGACAAAACUAGAGAACACUUUGAGAGUGUGAUCAAGGCUACGGAAGCAACAAUUUACCGCCCGCCCCCCCUUUUGGGGGGGGGGGGGGGGUUUUUUAAAACCUCUCUUCUCUGGUGA